AUGCUUCUCCGAAGCGUUGUGCGGUCAUCCGCCAUCCGCACCAACCUUGUGGCCAGUCGAUGCUUGCCAGUGGCCCAGCGACGAGGAUUUUUGCCGGCUUCUCUCUCUGACCGCAAGAUUCUUGAUGCCAAGUACCCCGACCGCCCGACGAUAUCAGAGGCCGAGGACCCUGGCAUGAAUGGCGGCUACAUCAACCCUCCUAGAAUUAAGCGGCAGUUCCGUGAUCCGUACGCCAAUUGGUGGGACCCUCAGGAACGACGAAAUUUUGGCGAGCCUAUUCACGAAGACAACGAUGUCCUCGGUAUAUUCUCACCCUAUGAGUACACUUGGACCACGCCGGGCGCUGGGCUAGUAAUGAUUGGCAGCUUCGUUGCUGUAUUCCUAGGCCUUUCAGGUCUUGUGUAUUCGAGGUACCCUGAUCAGCCCACAUAUCCGCGAGAAUUUGAGGAUGGAUUGGAACGAGAAUUGGGCGGACCAGGUGCUGUACGGGCACGAAAGGAAGGUGAUGAGGAUCCUUGA